AACGAUUUGACAGAAGAUUGAAGUGAACGUGUUGACUGCUCCAUUGUGUUGUUUUUUUCCCCGUCUAUUUAUUUAUAAAGCAAAAAAACAAGGGAAAAUAAAGUAGUUUCGACUAAAUUAUAAGACGCGUCAAAUUCAACGAAAAGCUCAAAAUUUAUUUAGCAUUUAAAACAUUGUUUACACAUUUUUUUCAAACAAAAUGGAAAUGGAAAUGAAAAUGGAACCAUCCAGCCCGACAGAUAAGAGACAACAAUUCUCUAGGUGUAGCAGUACAAACAGUGUUAUCACAUCAAAUUCAUCAGCACACAAUUCGGAUGAUGAUGAUGACAGCGGUGGUGAAAACACGAAAAACACAUCGUUGAGCUACAAAGAACGACGUCGCGAAGCACACACACAGGCCGAACAAAAGCGUCGGGAUGCCAUCAAACGGGGUUAUGAUUCGCUACAAGAUUUAGUACCGACAUGCCAACAAAACGAAACAUCUGGCUACAAGUUGAGCAAAGCAACGGUGCUGCAACGUUCGAUAGACUAUAUCGGAUUUUUACAUCAACAGAAAAAGAAACAAGAGGAUGAACGCUCCGCUUUACAAAAAGAAGUGACCGCAUUACGCAUAAUCCAAAGUAGUUACGAGAAUAUGUUACAAAAUCAACAGCAAUCGCCCGGUCAACAGGAGACGAGGGUCAGUGACGAAAUAAAAUUCAAUGUGUUCCAGGCUAUUAUCGACGAAAUGUUCCAGACAUUUGAACUUCUUCCGAUGAGCGAUUUUGCCGAAUUGGCCACCGGUGUCUUGCCAUGGUUAGAGGAGCAUUGCAAACCACAUAUGCUACGCCAAAUCGUGAAUCAAACACUUUACGAACUGCAGCAGCAACAACAACAACAGCAACAGCAACAAAAUGCACACAGCCAAAGUUCCAGCCACAUCGGAAGUGGAAGCCAGAGCACAAAUUGGAAUGGUUCCAUUUAAGAACCGACUUGCCUUCAUUUGCGAAUUCAUUUAACAGAAAACAAAAAUAAAUUAGAAAAAAAAAAUUCUGGUACAUUUGAUGAUUAGCUAAAUUAACAAACAAACUGUAAAUAUACGCCAUAGUGCGCUGUCUUCAAAUGAUUUAAAAUUAAGCAGCGUUUCUUCAAUAUCCUUUUUAUUAUUAUUUUUAUUUUUUUAAUUUUAAAUUUUGUUUACGAAUAUUUUGUAGAAGAAAGAAAUUGUUAUUGAUUUUCAUGUAUUGCAACAAGACAAAUAUUUUCCAACGUAAUAUCAGA